AUAUGUGAUUCACGAGAACGCAUCGUAGCCGUCCAUUCCUCGUCGUUGUCUAUAAAUAGGGGAGAGAGAAGAUGCGCACCCCUCUUCUCAAGAAACAAAUCUAGGGUUUUAUCUGCCUCCGCUUUCGGAUAAAAUGCCUCGGUAUGAUGACCGCCAUGGGAGUACCCGUCUUUAUGUUGGUCGUUUGUCUUCUCGGACAAGGUCGCGUGAUCUGGAGGACCUAUUUAGUAGAUAUGGAAGAGUACGCGAUGUGGACAUGAAGCACGACUUUGCCUUUGUUGAAUUCAGUGAUCCACGAGAUGCCGAUGAUGCAAGGUAUAGCUUGAAUGGUCGAGAUUUCGAUGGAAGUCGUAUAAUAGUAGAAUUUGCUAAGGGGGGUCCACGCGGUCCUGGUGGGUCUCGUGAGUAUCUUGGCAGAGGUCCUCCACCUGGAUCAGGUCGCUGCUUUAACUGUGGAAUUGAUGGCCAUUGGGCUCGAGAUUGUAAAGCUGGUGAUUGGAAGAACAAGUGUUACCGCUGUGGGGAACGGGGCCAUAUAGAAAGAAAUUGUCAGAAUAGUCCGAAGAAGCUAAAGCGUGGACGUAGUUAUUCUCGGUCUCCAUCUCCUCGUCGUGGUCGGAGCCGGAGCCGAAGCAGAAGUCGUAGUUACAGCAGGAGCCGCAGUUACAGUCAACCCAGAUCAUCUCCUAAGAGGGAGCGAAGUGCUGAGCGUCUGGAGAGAAGAUCUAGGAGCCCUCAUGACAGCAGGAGCCCUAAGCGGCGCAAGGCAUCACCACCACCAUCAAAGGGAAGGAAACGCAGUCCAACACCUGAUGAGAGGAGCCCAAAAGAGAGAAGCCCCUCCCCAAGGGAUCGUAAGCAGACCACCAAUGGUUCAGACUACAGUGACAGCCCCAGGGUGAAGAGCAGAAGCCCUGCACUUGAUGCUGAGAGAGACAGCCCAAGAGAUAGGAAUUACAGGAGGAGCCCUGAUGAAGAAAAUGGCCACAGUCGCAGCCCUAGUCCCAUUCCUAGGGACGAUGCAAGUCCUGUUGAUGAUGAUGAGUAACGAGUAAUCAGGGUUCAUCAAUAGAGUAGAUCAGGCCCAAAAGCCAGUUUGUGGAACUUUCUCUAUUUUAUGGUUGGAUUGCAUUUUCAAGUAGCUGUAAACAUUGGUAGUGAGAUUUGAUUUCCUAAAUGUUUUUUUCUUUAAGCGAACAGCUCUUUGGAACAAUUUGUCAUCUGGCUCUGGUUUAAGCGAGAACAGGUACUUGGAUUCUGGACCUGGUUUUUAAGUGGAACAA